GAGAAUAAAUAUGGGAUAAGAGGAGGGGAAAGGAGGAGGGGGAAGCGGAAGAAGAAUGAGGAGACCUGCGCGCCAGCUGAUAAGGGAUCUCAGGAGAGCUUCUUCUCAGAAUACCUGCGUUCUCUGGACCCACCCGGUCUAGGGCUGCACCCUACGGUUUCGGUGACAGGCAUUCUAUUUCUGGCUCCCCUUAUCCAAUGGAAGGUUAAUUGACCCCAAAGCUCCAGGCAACUUUUGUGAAGAAUAUUUGAGGUGGAAAAAGGAGCAGAGGAAGUGUCCAAAAUUGCUGCUCUGUCCGAGAAGGGGAGUAAAGGGAGCAAAGGAACCGGGGAUGAUGGUUCUGGCCAAGGCAGCAACUACUAAAAGAGGAAAGGAAAGACAUACAGAAGAAGUGCUGCUGGAAGUGAGGAGAUAAGCUCUCCUCACACUAUGCUUCUCAGAUGUUCUGAAGGUGUGCCUUUUGCCCACAGGUCCCUCCUCUGAAGGGCCACAACAUGAACUCUUGGGACGUGAGUUUAGCUUGCCUGCUGGUGGGAAUGAUAACUGUGUCGCUGCUGUCCAACGUCGUGGUGCUGAUCUGUUUUCUCUAUACUCCUGACAUACGCAAGCAAGUGCCAGGACUCUUCAUCCUUAACUUGACCUGCUGCAACUUGUUGAUGACCGUGGUCAAUAUGCCCUUGACCUUGGCCGGUAUGCUUAAUAAACAGCAGCCAGGAGGAGAAAGACUCUGUCACAUCGUUGGCUUCUUAGAAACCUUCCUGACCACUAAUUCCAUGCUGAGCAUGGCCGCUCUCAGCAUAGACCGCUGGGUCGCUGUGGUCUUUCCCUUGAGCUACCACUCCAAGAUGCGCUACAAGGACGCUGCCCUCAUAGUGGGUUACACGUGGCUGCACUCCAUCUCCUUCCCCAUUGUCGCUCUCUCCCUGUCCUGGCUGGGAUUUCAUCACCUCUAUGCUUCUUGCACCUUGUACAGUAAGAAGCACGAGGAACGGGUCCCUUUUAGCGUUUUCACUGGGGUUUUCCACGCCCUCAGCUUCCUCCUCUCCUUUGUCGUGCUGUGUUUCACGUAUCUCAAGGUGCUCAAGGUGGCCAGAUUCCACUGUAAGCGCAUUGAUGUGAUUACCAUGCAGACCUUGGUAUUGCUCGUGGACAUACACCCCAGUGUGAGAGAACGCUGUCUGGAGGAACAGAAGAGAAGGAGGCAACGAGCCACCAAGAAAAUCAGCACCUUCAUUGGGACAUUUCUGCUUUGCUUUGCACCAUAUGUAAUUACAAGGCUGGUAGAAUUAUCCUACAUUGGCCCCAUCAGUUAUCACUGGGGAGUCUUCUCCAAGUGUUUGGCUUACAGCAAAGCAGCAUCAGAUCCCUUCGUGUACUCUUUAUUAAGGCACCAGUACAAGAAGAGCUGGAAGGACAUACUGAACAGGAUACUCAAAAGAGGUUCCAUCAAUUCAUCAGGCCUCACAGGGGACUCACAUAGUCAAAACAUUUUGCAAAUCACAGAAUGAAGGAAGAUGCUCCAGUCAUCGGAGUAGAAAGUGGAAGCAUGGAUGGGGGCCAGAAAGGAAGACCUCCUAGAUACUGAACAAAAACCCAUCAUCAGCUCACCACCAUGCAAAGUACCAUAUACAUCAACCUGUGGCUUGUCUGCUUUCCUGAGUAGACUGUUGUCUCAGUGCUGCUUGUGAAAGUCAUGGCAAAGAGUGACACUGGAAAGGCUUUCUGUCCUUCCUGAGGGCUUGAUUGAGCUUCCAGACCCCCCGAAGGCAGCAGAGCAGUUGGAUCAAAAUGUAAAGUCCUUCCAGAUGGCCCCAGAGUACAGGCGCUGAAAGAAGGUGGUCAUUUAUCUUAUGACUGGACUUUAUCUCCUUAGUUCAUUCACUAGCCAGUGGGGAUUGUGCUCAGUGUUGUACUCUUAACAAAUAAGAAUCAUAAUUCAUUCUCAACAGGACAGAUCAGACAUGCAGAAAGAAAGAUUAUUGGAGUAAGAGCAUCAUACAGGUCUACAGUCAUCCCUAUUUAUUUGUAUCUUUUAGGAUCAACAUGAAUAAUGCUUGAUACACUUAGGUUCCAUCUUCACUCGUGCAAACUAGUUUGGGAAAAAAAAUUUGAAUUAUAUCAUAUAAUUAGUUGUGUUUUCUAAAUAAGCAGCUGUCAAACUAAGUUUGAUUUCAUUCCCAACCCCCUCAUUCCCUAUGUGUACACAACCAUUCAGAUCUGAUUUGUUUAGGUAGACAGCACUUUAGGGUAGCAAUAACUCAAGUUGAUAGUUGACACCUUAAUUUAGUUCCAUUUGAAUGGAUUGAUUCUAAAUCUGUUUUCUUACUUCCUUGCAUUAGCCAACUAAUUUGAGUUGAAUCAAAUUGAGGAACCAUUACUUAUACUUCCUUCGUUUACAAUGGUCCUGAAUUUUCAAGAAAUAUUUCAACUUCAUUCUUCUCAGUGACACAUCUCAUUUGGUACUUUAAAAGAGACAGAACUGGUUUUGCUUUUUUCAUCUUAACUCUAAACAAUUGUUUCCAACUUUGAAAACAAGGAUUAUAAGACAUAUUGAGCUGUUUGCCAGUUACUUUUUGCUAAAGGUUAUCCAGAAUUAAACAGAAGCCAAGAAUAAGGCAAUGACUGAUACUAUUCAGGGACGUGAACUUUCUAUUCCCAGUUUUUUAGUGUCCAGUAGUCUUAUCUUCACAUCAAAAGCAGCGAUCAGUGAGUUGGUGAAUUUGAUUAGAGUAAGCCAAAUUCAUCACAAAUAUUUUUCAGUCACAUUUAAGAGAGAUGUCUGAAAUAGUUGUUAUCUAUGAUUUUUUGUACUUGGGCUUUGAGAAUAGUAUCAAAAUAUUAGAACCUAAGUAGAAAUGAAUUCACUUAUAUUUCAUGUGCCAUGGAAUAAGAUAUGAAACUUGUAAUGUCACCUCUAUUGGUGACAUUUUUUCCAUAAUUUAAUGGAUUUCUUUUGCUAUGAAUUGGGCAUAUGUUUGUAUGAUAUAACUAAAAACAGAAGAAAAAAAAUGUUGACCUAAAUGCCUGAUAAAUUUAAAAAAAAAAUUAAACCCUCUCAUGUUAACAUAGCACUUAAUGGUUUCCAAAGUGUUUCCCUCAUAAUAAUUUUGUUCAGUAUUUAUAUCCCCAUUUUAAAAAUGACAGAGUCUCACAGAAGUUACGUGACUUGUGCAUGAUUCAAUAGAUUUAUUAAAGUAAAUGUCAGAACUGGGAUUAAAAUCCAGGUCUUUUGAUUCCAAGUCUAAGACUCUUUCUACUAUGUUGUGUUGGAUUGGGUGCUCAUGUAAACAUAGUCUUUAAAGCCUAAAGAAGGAUAAUGGUGAUUAUGAUUAAAUAGAGAUGAGCAUAUAUAUACAUAUAUGCAUACAUAUAUAUAUAUAUAUAUACACUCAUGUUUAUUGCUUAUAUUUUUGUACAUGAAUAUAUACAAACAUGUAUAUAAUAUGUAUGCAUAUAUAUAUAUGGGACAAAGGGAGAAAGACUAAGACACAGAGAGAAACAGAUUGUAUGAUAGAGAGCAGGGGCUUGGUUUGAGGAAGGUUAAAAUAUCUUCUCUGACCCACAUUGGUUUUGUAAUCCUUCUUAAGCCAGUUAUAUUCUCAAUUUUCCUGGAAACUCUGUAAGUAGAGUUCUGAUCUCCAUUGGUAGAGAGUGCUUCCCCAUUGGCGGAUCCUUAUACAAAUUAAUCAGAAGUCUUGUCCAAAGUACAUAUAUAUUCUCAGUUGAAAUAAUCCCAAUUAGAUUAUCUACCUCAUUUUAGAAAGUCAAUUGAUUAAAUUCAACACUGUCUCUCAGGUAGGACAAGAAGAAAUGACAUAUUCAGUAUUACCAUCCAAACUUUGCUGGCUGAAUUGUACCAUAAUAUGAAACGUUCAAUUCUUAGUAGUUAGACACUGAGAGGUGAUGAAUUGAGAUGAAAAGAUUUAAAAUAAGAAAAGGAUAAACAAUCACAUUCGGAAACCUUUAUCUCAUCCGCUGUAGUUAAUCUCAUUUGUUCAGACUUUAUUCAAGGCCAUGUGAUUUAUUAGCUAUGCUGCAAAUUUAAUAGUUUAUAGGAUUUUCCUUGAUAUCAAUGAGGUCUGAGUACACUAAAACUCAACUCAUUACUUCCCACAUUGGAUAAGUUAAUGUUGCAUUUUACUCUUAUUUUCAAAAUGCCCAGCUGACUUCUCAAAGGCUUCUUACUGAGAAUUUUGUCAGUCUUUUACAGUCUGAAAUGGAGUGGAACAAAAAAAGAUCAUUUGAGUCAUCUCAUACAAUAGUUUAUUCUCUCCAGGUUCAUUUGAACUGAGCAUCACCAUAAGCAAUAAAGUUCUCUCCUUUUUUUCCAUAACAAUUUGUUUUUCUCUAAUUGUACCUUUCCUUCAGAAGGAAGAUGGGAAGUAUAUUGCUAAUUCAAUUUCCUCUGUCAACUCAUUUUAAAAAAUUCUGCAUAGAUUUUUGCAUGUUUCUUGGAAAUAUUAGAGAAGUGAAUGAAUUGAAACCUUUCCUCUCUUUUAUUGUAAGCAACUUAUGUAUGGGAUAAAAAUCAAUACUUGUGAUUGUGAUUGUGACAUUUUUACUAUAUAUUACUAGAUAUCCCUUGGAUAAAUUCCAGUGGGUACAGUAGGGAAAUAAUGUUUUUCAAUGUACUCUCAGGCCCUACCCCUAACUUUUAAGAGGUGCCAAAUAUUAUCUCCAAAAAUAGAGGCAGCAUGCCUUAGGUAGCAUUUUAAGAAAAUAGAUAUUAGAAGAGUUUCAUUUCUCCCUAGAGUUCCUGAAUGCUCAUAAUCCAGCCUUGUCUAAAAAUCUAUUAUGGUAAUUGUCUUUUGGUGGGUUGAAAUGGAACACUCCAUUAAAAUACUAAAAAUGCACUUUUAGAGAGACUAUUCAGAUUAAUAGUAGAAUGUGUUCAUCCUAAAAGAUCAAAAAUGAUUUUCCAGGAAAUAAAGUCCUUUAUCUUGAAUUUCCUAAGUCAUGCUAGUUAAGGGUUUGAUAGGUGAGUUGGAUAUAAGUGAUACAGAAUGCAAUUAUAUUAUAUAACUAAAUGAAAUAAGAUUUUCAAUAAACCAUAUUUAGUCUAUCUGCAUCUAUCCUAGAACUAAAAUCUGUCUGGAAGUUUAGCCUUAAAGACAGGAUUGAAAAUUGACACAAUCAAUCAUUUGCUGGACUAUAUUACUGAGUCCUGACCAUUGAAUUGUUUAUCUCAGCUUUUAGACACCUUUGUUUAGCUACUUAGCCCCAGAAGAGUAUGGCCCAGGGAUCAGAAUAAAAUAUAGUUUAUGGAUAUGAUUUCUGUGAUCAAAUCUGGUCUCAGACAAUACUUCCUAGCUGUGCGACCCUGGGCAAGACACUUAAUCCCAAUUGCCUCAGAAAAAAAGAAAAAGAAAAAAAAACUUCUCUAGAGUGAAUCCAUCAUAUGUUCCAGAGAAGCGCCAUUACCCAUCCCCAUAGGUUCCAAUUUUUGGUUCUCUAGGACACCUAUUGUAAUGUGAGAGCAAUUGUUGCAAUGCACUCAAAAACAUAAAGAAUAAAUGAAGUAUAUAGUCUCUAAGGGGCAAGAUUAGAGAAACAAAAAUGAUACUCUGUGUAACUGCUAGGAAAAUGAAAUGUCAAAUUUCCCAAGAUUAGAAUAUUAGAAAAAUCCAAGUUUUUCUCUUUUUCUCUCUUUCUCUCCACAUAUGUUAUAUGCAUAUUGAAAAGGAAGAGGCAUGGAUGGGCCACAAUCAUAGAAAGAGAAAAAAAUUGAGAAGUGUUUGGUCAGUAGUACAUAGACUGCCAACAUAUUUGCUUGUAAAAAUUGACAGCUAUAUUUUUUUUCUGCAAGGGAAAAUGAACCUUAUCUUCAUUGCACAUUGAAUUUACACAAAGGGUUAUAAUAAAGACACCUAGAUAUCCUUCCUAGAACAAAUGAAAAUUCCAAAUGUUUUCUUUUAUUUUCUUUUCAAAAAUUGGUGUCAGCCAUCCCACUUAAGUAAAAAUAUAAGCCCUUUCCAGUUUUUAAUCAUUAGCUAAUUAAUCAUGCUCUCAUUAUAGUUUCAUGUAAAUAUGUAUUUAAGAUUUGAAGCUUGAGUAUUAUGGGUCUAACCUUAUUGAUCACAUAUUAGUUAGUUGUAUCACAUAUUCCUAUUUAGAGGCCCUUUUAAUAAUGUUUAUUAUAUUGAUUCACUAGAGUAUAUUUGCACCUUCAAAAUAUAUGUAGAAUUGCUGAUCCAUGGCCUUUCUGUGUACUACUCUAUUGUGCAUGCUCAGUAAUUGUGUGUGGUCAAUAAAUUAUUUCUGUUUCCUGGUUGAAGAUAAAUUGAUUGUACAUGGUUUCAAAGUCCAGUCCAUAAGAUUUUGACUAAGAAUAUACACAAUUAUAUAAACAUACAACCCUUUUCAAAUUGAGAGAGUCUUUCAUAGAACCACCACAUAAACAAAUUUGGGGGUAGAACUGGAAGUCAUGAUGAUAAUUAACAUAACCUUAGGUGAUUGAUCUGGAUUGGUCAUCAUUUUCAUGGUUAGAUUGGAGAGGCUAUUUGGUGAUCUACUAAUUAACUUGUGCCCAACCAACUUAAAGUGGUAUAGAGUGUGAUACUAAAUGGACCCCAUCUCAGAGUGCUUCACAUCCUGAUUAUUUAGCAUUGGAUCUAUAUUUAAAUUAUUAAAUUCAAUUUAACCCCCAUAUUUAAAAUCUGAAUUUUUUUUUCCCACAUAGGUCUCUCUAAACCUUAAAAAUCCUGUUUGGCAACCACUGUGUAAAGACAACCUUAUAGAUAGUGUAGCAAAUAACAUUACUGGAGUCUAGUGUCUUGCCAAAACAUUUCCCAGGUGAGAGUUUAUAAAUUUCAGUAUCACAGAUUGCCUUGGAAGAUUGGGAAUAAAAAUAUAUGAGGUGCCUUGCUUUAUUUAUUUCUAAAUGGGACUUUUCCUCCUUCCAAAUAUCAGAAUAAGAUAUUGUUUGUAUUUUGUUAGGAACUUUGAAGAGAAGAAAUUCAAACUCCUAUUUUUUCCUAGUAGGAUCUUCUUUAUUCUGACACAAUUACUGCUACAAUAAUUUAAAUUUCUUGGGUUUUUUUUUAAUAGAGAAAUGGUAAAUGUUUUAAUUGCUAAAUGUCUCACUCAAUCCUUGAAGGUAAAGUUUGGAAGCUUAUUUUUUCCCCAUAUAAGUAGAGAUUUCUAUUUCUUCCAAUGAUAUAUGAAAUAUCUCAUUGGUUGAAUAUUAGCCUUAGCCUUCUUAUGCUUGCAAGCAAGCUUCCAAAAUAGCACACCCAACUUCUUUCCAUUCUUCGAACCUUAGCAGGGUUUGGGAAAUUUCUUUUCUUUUCUUUUUUUUUUUUUUUUUUUAAUAAUGGAACAUUGUUUGCAUUGAGCCUGGAGAAAUGGCUAUAGUGAAUAUGUUAUUACAAAGGAGCACUCUUAAAAGAUGGUAGAGGUAGAUUUGUUAAUUUAUUGUUGCACAUGUAAAUCUACCCUACAUGCAAAGAUUUUUUUUUUCAUAGAUGAUUUGGUGACUUAAACUAUGAAAUAAAAGUUAUAUCAUUUGACUCACGGGGCAAAAUCAUCUUGAAUUCUUUAUAUGGAAAACCUGAUAUUGUCUGGUUUAUGGGAAUAUAGAAAACCAUCUUAAAGUACCAACUCCUUCUGUUAUAACAAAUUGUGUACAAACAAUCAUAAAAACCUGGAAAAUUGGCAAAAACAAGUGAAAGUCUGAUUCCAAUCCAACUUGGAUAUAACAAUGUUUGCUAAUGGUUUUAAUUUUAUUUUUUUUCCUAAUUCAUGCUUUUUUGUCUAAAAUAGAGAUCUAAUGAAGACAAAAAUGACUUUCAAAAUCCUUCUUUCAUUGAAUUAAAUAGAUCUGAUAUAAAUUUUUCUCAGUUGAAAUCACAUUGAGAUUUUUGAAUCCAAGGACUAUCUAUGCUGCCUGCUCUGUUUACAAAAGCUUGUGUUUUGUGAUGACAAAUGUUGUAAUAUAUUUUUAUCAAUGCUGAAUAUAGGAAAAUAUACAUAUAUAUUGUGAUUUUUGUCGAACAAAGCUUUCUGUUAUCAAAAUGUGAUACCACUAUGUAAGUACCUUGUGUAAACAUUUUUAGAUAAAAAUUUGCAUUCAAAUAUGUCAGUUUGUUGUGACUUCUUACUCCUCAAAGGUUGAGGUUUAACAUAGAAUUAAAGUGGUGAACAAUU